AUGGCCAGUGAUAACGACUUCGGCCCUGGGCUUGACGAGAUUUUCGACUUCACUCUUUUAUUCCAGCAGAGCUUUUUUUCCCUGUUACCAGCGUCAAUUUUUAUCGUCUUGGGUAUAAUUCGAAUCCUGUAUAUCAAUCACGGAGAGCGCACCUCGUUCAAGGGGAAGGGGCGUUUGCUCUGGGCUAAACUGUUUUUGACGUCCAUAUACGGAGGCGCACGACUUUCAUUGCUUAUAUUAUGGAUAUUUGGCUCCGGUCCAAAGGUUCGGACGUCCGUCGCCGAGUCUGCUGUGGGCAUCGUCGAAGCCAUCGUUAUCGCCGCCCUCUUCUUAACCGAGCACGUGCGAUCGCCAAAACAUUCAUUGCUACUAAGUCUCUACCUAUUUCUUUCGUUGCUAUUACAUUUUCCUAUCACCAGAUCACUCUGGAUAAGAGAGAAUACAGUAUUCCUUGCCAGUUUCUUCACAUUUCAGCUCGUGGUCAAGGCUGUUCUUCUCGUGUUCGAAGAAAUCCCGAGGUCAGGCGCGAUGGCUAGCCCUACAAAAUAUGCAGGAGAACCGUGGGCAGGGAUGGUUAGCAGAACAUUUUUCUGGUGGCUCAAUCCUCUGUUAUACCUUGGGUUCCGCCGUGCUAUUGAUGUUAACGACUUGGGGAAUAUGUAUGACAAGUUCGAUUCUCAUGCCUUGUUGGAAAGGCUCGAGACGCAUUGGAACAAAGACCCCCAAACAAGCAAGACGGCUUUGAUGAGAUGCACCUUUGCGGCAUACAAAUGGCAGUUUUUCGCAGGAAUUAUCCCGCGACUCUUGUACAGUGCGUUUGGGUUCGCGCAACCGUUCCUCAUCAAUGCGGUUAUCGCCCACGUACAAAAUCCAGAAGGAGACUUCGCUCCUCAAAUGGCCGGUUUCCUGAUUGCCAUCACUUUCUUCAUUUACGUCGGCCUAGCUUUUACCGCCACCUGGUACAGGCACCUUUCAAAUCAGAUGGUUACCAUGUGGCGCGGCGGACUCGUGUCGCUGAUUUUCAAAAAGACAUUGAGCUUAAGGACCUGCUGUGCGGAGGAUAAUGCGUCGAUCACGCUCAUGUCGACAGAUAUUGGUCAAAUCGUCGCCGCUGGAGAGUCGCUCCAUGACAUGUGGUGCAGCUUCUUCGACCUCGGGAUUGGAAUGUACCUUCUCUAUCGUGAAGUUGGCCUUCAAAGCCUCCUUUUAUUGGUUCCCGCAACACUCACCACGGUCCUCAUUAGUGUCAUUGGCCGAGCGACGGAGGCAGCGUUGGUGGAUUGGAAAGCAGCAACUGAGAGGAGAGUGGCCAAGGCAUCUGACAUGCUUGGCCAAAUGAAAGGCAUCAAGAUGAUAGGGCUGACAGGAUUCUUUCACUCUCUGAUCCGCACAUUGAGACUAGAUGAGAUCAAAAUUUCCUAUGGUUACCGACGGCGGAUGGUCGGCAUAAUGAUUUUAUCAACCUUCUCCUCCGAGAUCUCUCCCGUGGUGAUGAUCAUUUCUGCGAAAUACUUGCCCAACGGGAGCAGCUCACUCAGCAUGAGCAAAGCAUUCACCUCACUAGCAAUAAUCUCUUUGGUUACACAGCCUCUUGUAUUGAUCCUCGCUUCCAUGAUGCAAAUAGCAGGUUUCUUUGGAAGUUUCUCGCGCAUACAAGCGUUUCUUCAUCUGGAUGAGCAGGAAGAUUUCCGCGGAAAGUCUCCGGUCGCCUCCAUGAGCUCUGGGUCGACUCUCAGAUAUUCUAGUGAAUCGACUCUGGGUACCAUUGCCCCUUUGGAAGAUGAGCCGAUAGAGCUUUCUCCCCUCGAAUGCCAGAUACAAAAUGACACGGAAGCCGGCACACUAGCGAUCACGAUUAGCCACGCAAGUUUUCAAAGCGAUGAUGGUCUUCCCAUCCUUCAUGAUAUCCAUUUGAAAAUCCCGCAAGGGGCAUUUACUAUCAUCACCGGCCGGGUUGGCUGUGGCAAAACCUCGCUUCUCAAAGCGAUUGUAGGUGAGAUAGUCCCAGACACUGGGUACAUCUCUGUCUUGGAUCAUCGUGUCGGAUACUGCGACCAGACUCCGUGGGUUCAAAACACCUCUAUCAAAGCAAACAUUGUCGGUCAAUCUCCUCUGGACGACAAAUGGUUCUCUCAAGUGGUGCAAUGCUGCGCUCUUGAUGAAGAUCUCGCAGCAUUUCCUCUAGGUGAUCAAACCUUUGUUGGGUCGAAUGGCGUGGCUUUGAGUGGAGGCCAAAGGCAACGUGUGGCAUUGGCUCGAGCCAUUUACCAAAAACGGGACAUUCUGAUUCUUGACGAUGUUUUCAGUGGACUUGACAAUAGAACCUCUCGGAACAUAUUCCAUCGUCUGAUGGGUCCAAGUGGCCUCCUUCGCCAGAACAGGACUACGAUUGUUCUUGCCACAAGCAACGUCCAUUUCCUACCCGGGGCCGACUACAUCACAAUCCUCCAUCAUGGUAGCAUUAUCCGCAACCAAGUGGCUUACCCGAGUCUCCAAACUGAUGAAUGGGGUACCUUUGAUGAUGAAACCACCAUGCCAAAUGACGGCGACGGAGACGACGAUGACGCAAAAACAUUUAGGCCGGCACAAGAGCCCGAAGAAAAGGUUGAAAAAGCCACGCCGACUGCUGACACCGACAACACCCGCCAAAACAGCGAUUUGGAUUGCUACAAGAUCUACCUCAAUUCAUUUGGAUGGAAACUCCUAGUCGUAGUUCUUAUACUCAUGCUACUACACACCGUGCUCGAAUCAAUGCCCCAGAUCUUUUUGAAAUUUUGGAUGGAAACAUUGACUCACCAAGACCCAACUCACCAAGACCAAACUCUCGAAGUCCCUGAAAGUAUAGGCUGGCCCCUUGGCUAUGCCAGCCUUGCCUGUGCCUCCAUCAUACUUGCAAGCAUCGGGAUAGGACUUUUCAUGAUUGUUGGGAUCCCCAGAUCAGCGGCACAUCUACACGAGAAACUUCUUCAAUCUGUUUGCCGCGCACCUUUGUACUUUUUUGCGGCUACCGAUAGUGGCUCGACAAUCAAUCGCUUCAGCCAGGAUAUGUCAAUCUUCGACCAAAUCCUCCCCCUGGCGUUAUAUAUGACUGUGUCUCUGCUUCUCUCAGCUAUCACCCGCGCUGGCAUAAUCGCUUCUGGCGCUUCCUAUGUCGGCGCCUUGAUCCUCCCAGGCUUUCUCAUCCUCUUCUUUAUUCAAAAAUUCUACCUGAGGACAUCCAAACAACUAAGACUUAUGGAUUUGGAGAUGACAGCCCCACUGUAUACACACUUUACAGAGACACUCGCCGGCCUCUCCACCAUCCGAGCCUUUGGUUGGUCAGAUGCCUUCCUAGAAGAAAACACGAGACGCCUAAACAUGUCUCAGAAGCCCUUUUACUUUAUGUUUUGCAUCCAAAUGUGGCUCCAUGUUGUAUUGGAUUUAUUCGUUGCCGGCAUGGCCCUUGCCCUGGUCUCCAUGGCUACGACGAUGUCGAGGUCUACUUCCCAAGGCCGUAUUGCCCUAGCUAUGGUGACCCUCCUCGGCUUCAAUCACACUCUCGCACUGUUCGUCGGCCAGUGGACCCAAGUGGAAACUUCCCUUGGCGCUGUCACCCGUCUCAAGAUAUUCAUGCGAGACACUCCAAACGAAGACGAUGAAACUGAGACAACGCUGCCGUUGAGCGAUUGGCCUGCUCAGGGAGCUAUCGAGUUUGAAGACAUUUCCGCUUGCUACAGUGAUACCGGUGAUGUUGUGCUGCGCAACAUAUCACUGUUCAUUUCACCUGGGCAAAAAGUAUGCAUCUGUGGUCGGUCAGGAAGUGGCAAAUCAUCACUCAUUCUCACUCUGCUUCGUCUUGUUGAACUACGCUCCGGCAAAGUACUAAUUGACGGUGUCGACCUGUCCACCGUGCCUCGCCAACAUAUUCGUUCAUGUCUCAACACGGUCCCGCAAGAUCCCGUUCGCGUUGGAGGCAAUGUUCGCCUCAACCUUGACCCAGAAGGUAGAAUACAGUCAGAUGAUCUUCUUAUUGAGGCUUUAAAUAAAGCGAUGGUCUGGCCCAUGAUCGAGGAGCGAGGCGGUUUAGACGCGCAGCUCACAGAUCUUGGUUUCUCAGUGGGUCAAAUGCAGCUCUUCUCUCUAGCGAGAGCCCUUCUAUCACGUAGCAAAGUGGUGCUACUUGAUGAAGCCACAAGCAGUAUUGAUAGGACCACAGAUGAAGAGGUCCGACGGAUCUUUAGAGAUGAGCUGAGGGGUCGCACCGUCCUAGAAGUCGUCCAUCGGUUGGAGACUGUACGAGACUUUGACCUGGUAAUUGUAAUGGGACAUGGCGAAAUACUGGAAACCGGGUCACCUGAAGAGUUAUUGGCACAGCCAUCAUCGGAAUUACGGAAGCUUUACGACAGGAAAAGAAUUUAA